AUGGACACCGCCGGUUCGGAGUGUCUCGAAAACCAAAACUCUACGGACUGUCUGCUCCGGGCUCUUCUGAACAUUCUUGCGGAGCAAAAACAAGCACAAGAUGCAGGCAUCGAUUGGGAUCCCAUCACCUUCGGCUUUACGCUUUUGAUUGGAUUGGUAGCCUCCAUGAUUGCUCUUGCUACAGUCUUCCAAGCUGUUCUUGCGGGUGGGAAAGGUGGUCGUAGAGCAAAUGGUCGAGCCAUCGGGAAAUGGUCGAAACGAACCACAAGGAAAUGGAUUCUUUCCGAAAUGAGCUGGAGUUACACCGCCUAUACUCCCAUGCUGAGACUGGACAAUCUGAAACGACAGCUUGACGAUGCGAUACGAAAGCUGAAGAACGAAGAAGAGAAAAAGCCGAGGGAGGAAGAGAAACAAAGGCUGCCGCCCUUGCUCCCAGCGAGUGCGCUUGUUAGGUUACUGCCCUCUGAUGUUGUUGGCUCUCCAAUUGAGGCCAGAAGAGUGGAAGCACGAAAAGCACCCAUUCCUGAUGUGCCGUCAUAUCCAGCUACAUGGCUUGCUCUUUUCAAAACCACUGGGUUGGAAAACUUCGACGGGUUUGAUCUUAUGCCAGUCACUGCCGACUAUCUUCCAGAGGACUUUGUUGCCGCUCCUGCUUCUGCAGAGGUUGGCGCGAUUGUGGUAAUCGCAGCAGCUGCUGGGGUCCAGCGGUUGGACGCCGACGCAGAUUUAUACCCUGUCAUCAUUGGCUGCGGCUUCCAAUUUGAUUUCCGUCAGCACCCAGUUCUCGGUGUCAUUGGGGCAUUUUCUGAGCAUCAUAGCAGAGACAACGACAUUACGCCGACGCCUAGUCUGGAAAAACUUCGAGAGGCAUCGCUGCAUGCAAAUGGUCUAAUUGAGCUGCAGGACGGGAAAUCUGCAGACGGGAUAAUCGAGACACACCGGACAGACCAUCGGCUCUUCUUACUGCACCCCGAGUAUAGACCCGUGAUCAAGGGAACAGACUGCUUUCUCCCAGAUCGCUACACCCUCAGCCGGCACUACAUACCGACCGUCGUCUUCCUCUGGGCCAAGUCGCCAAAGUUCGCUCCGUCUCUCUUCCCAGGACCAGUGUGGAAAGAGUAUAACCCGUUCACGGCCAUUGCUCUAAACGGAGGGUUUUGGAGUAAAGUUCGAUUCGAUCGAUUUCAAGAAUCGGACUGGGAUGAAAAUGGCCGUUCUCUUUCGUUCUUUAAGCAACCGUUUGAUGACUUAUCAGCUGCUGAACUGCGAGGACAUGCUUUCAAAGCGAUAAGAGGUGAAGUAGCAGGGAGAGACUACCCAUGGCUCCGCUGUCCACAAGUACUUCGGUUGUGUCUUACCCUACUCAAUAAUCCCAUGGAUCUUCGACAAAAAUUUUCGAACUUCACAUUUAGUCAAAAGGAAAAGCUUCGUGAAGAAGCACGCAAACACUUGAAUUACGCGGACGCCUGGCUAGCAGAUUGCGAUGGUGGCAUGGGCAACAUUGAAGGCCGGAUUCAGCUCUUGUUCUUUACGACGCAGAUUCUAUCCCGAGCAGAGACUAUGACGCAGAAAGGUAUUCUUCAAGUUCCCGAUAGAACGGAGCCAACACUGGAAACGUCGGAACCGCCACAGCCUCCGAUGACAGUGCGAGACAUUCACUCCAAGACGAUUCAAGCCCUCCACAACCUAGUCGAUGGCUUCGAACUCGAGCUCGAAGGCCUCAAAGCAGCCUUGAAGAUAAAAGUGGCGAAUCACGGUAGAACAAGAGCUUAUUCGCAGUGGCAUAGUGGCAGAUUCGGAGCUCUACGAUGUCACUUGCGUAACAAGUUCUUCGGUGGCCCGCCAACACAGACAGACUUGGAAAUAACUCCUGAAGAUCGUGAAUAUCUGGAACAUUUCAGGAGAAAGUUAGAGGAGUCUAAGAUACAAGUAGAAGGAUUAGUAGGACCCUCGUACAACGUGCCAACCAAUUUCUUCAACACUCAUCAAAUGCUAAGCAGGUUAGCGAAAAUAGUAGGUUGCCACUCUGAGUCAAGUAAUGAAGACAGAGAGAACGAGGAAUUGAAUCAAAAGAUUGAUGAUAUCAUCAUAUAUCGCUCUCUGCUUCUAGGAGUGCUAUUCUAUACAGCUCUCGACAAUUCUGAGUUGCUCAAAUCAGGAGUAUGGGAUCGUGUGGUCCCUAUCAUUUGA